GGCCUCUCGGUCCAUUGGUUGAGCAGAAGAGAUCAUUAGUUAGGGGAUUGAGUUUACAGGCACUGGGGGGGAAAAAGUACAGUUCACAUGCUGCACAGCACACCCAGUUUUCAGGGCGAGAUUUAAAAAAAAAGGGUUGUCUACAGACAGUGUUUGAGUGAACGGUAUAAGGUGAAAGAUUGGUGAAGAGGGAGGACUAACGGACCUUAAACAUUCUGUUGCUCUUUUCUGAAUAACAGUUUCUUCUUGGAGAGUGGAGUUAGAGAGUGUAGGCAGGAAUUCUUGGAAACGUGUUGCUGUGCAGCUCUGGAAAUUUGAGAUUUGAUACAUAGAGCCGAGUAACACCCCUACACUCCUCCUUCAGGAUCCCCCUUUACCCUCCAAAUUCCAUCUCUCUAUUGCUCUCUCUCUUUCUCCUUCUCUUCCUCUCCCUGUCAGCUGUCCCCCUCAAUCCCCCUCUCCUGACGUCCUGCCUGACACCCGCUCUGCUCGACAUGGAGAACUCCACGGCUGUGGCCUUUAACGCGACCCCGGACCAAGCGAAACCAGAAGCCAUGACACAACUCAUGCCAACCAAUUACGACGUGGACGAUGGAUACUUGGAUGCCAUACUAGGAGCUGUCAUUGCUGCUGUGGUCCUGGUGUUGGUGUGCCUGGCGGUGGUAGUAAUCCGCUAUAUGUACCGGCACAAGGGCACCUACCACACCAACGAGGCCAAGGGCACUGAGUUUGCCGAAACAGCGGAUGCGGCGCUCCGGGGCGACCCGGCUCUGCAGGAUGCCAUGGACGAGAGCAAGAAGGAGUACUUUAUCUGAGCAGUGGCGUCCCCUGCUGUUUACAAUGGACUUUAGGCUAUGGACUCUAGGUAUUUUGGGGUUGGAGAAUAGAAAGUCUGGAGACUGGAUGAAAAUGACCUUGUUGUACUUAAGUGAAUAAUGUCCUAUCAGUUAAAGAUGAUCUGCUUCUAUAGCUAAAGGUCUCUUUUCCUGAUGAGACUGGCUAAAGGUCUCUUUUCCUGAUGAGACUGGCUAAAGGUCUCUUUUCCUGAUGAGACUGGCUAAAGGUCUCUUUUCCUGAUGAGACUCUGAUCAGUGACUGAAUAGACAACAAUUUACCAAAGAUGCAUCUUAAUAACAAUAAUAUUAAUUCAGUAUUCUUCCCCUCUACCAGUUUUCCUCUGUAAUAUAUUUGGCAUAUCACCAAACAUAUACAGUGGGCUCCAAAAUUACUGGCACCCCUGACUGGCAAUGCACAAACAAUACUUAAAAAAAUAUAAACAAUAUAAUUAUAGAGAUAAACUCAAAAUAACAACGUGAAAAAUACUGUACUUUAUUAAUGUUUCAAUGGAACCCAACAAAAUCAUUUAUUGAUUUAAUUAAAAAUAAUUGUCCUCCAAAUCAAAGUUUCACAAUUAAUGGCACCGUUAAAUACUAUUGUAAAUAACAUCUACCAACAUUAAACCAGGAAUUAAAUCCCACUUAUUUAAGUUUAUCUAAGUGUUAAGGAACGAUAUUGAGCCAUUACAUCACUUCCUGUUUCACUAGGGUAUAAAAAUGAGGUAACACACAUGCAAUAUCCCACUGUCAUCCAACACCAUGAAGAAAAGAAAAGAACUGGCAGUUCAAAAGAGACAGAUGGUCGUAGACCUUCAUAAAUCUGGUAAAGUCUACAAGAAUAUCCACAAACGAUUGAAUAUACCACUGAGCACUGUCAGGGCAAUUAUUCAAAAAAUCAAAAGAUAUGGAACAGUUGAAAACCUCACGGGUAGAGGACGCAAAUGCAUUUUGCCCCCCAGGAUAGGGAGGAGGAUCGUGAGAGAAGCAACAAAAUCCCCAAGAAUCACUGUGAAAGAAUUGCAGGCCUUGGUGGCGUCUUGGGGUCACCAGGUUUAAAGAAAUCACCAUCAGACGCCACCUCCACAACCACAGGCUCUUUGGAAGGGUUGCCAGAAGAAAACCCUUAAUUAAUGACCCCAAGACACAGACGCAAGCGCUUGGAGUUUUCCAAAUGUCAUUUAAAUUAUGACUGGAAGAAGGUGCUCUGGUCAGAUGAGACCAAAAUGGAACGUUUUGGUCAGCAUCGGUAUGUUUGGCGUCAAAACAGAGAUGCAUACAAGGACAGGCACCUCAUACUCACGGUGAAAUAUGGUGGUGGGUCAGUGAUGUUUUGGGGCUGUUUUAAUUCCAGAGGUCCAGAGGCACUGGUUAAGAUUGAUGACAUAAUGAAUUCCACCAAGUACCAGGCAAUUUUGGCUGACAAUCUGGUUGCCUCUGCCAGAAGGCUGGGACUUGGCCGUAUGUGGACUUUCCAACAAGACAUUGACCCAAAACAUACCUCAAGAUCCACACAGAAAUGGUUCUGUGACAACAAAAUCAAUGUUCUGCCAUGGCCAUCUCAGUCGCCGGACCUCAAUCCAAUCGAAAUCCUGUGGGCUGAGUUGAAGAGGGCAGUUGAGAAGCGCAAACCCGAGAAUGUGAAGGAUCUUGAAAGGAUCUGCAUAGAGGAAUGGUCCAAAAUCCCUACAAAUGUGUUCCUUAACCUUGUCAAACAUUACAGGAAAAGACCAUGUUGUUAUCCUUGCCAGAGGUGGUGGCACUAAGUGCUAAAUGAGGAGUGCCAAUAAUUAUGAAACCUUGAUUUUGGUGAAAUGUGUUUUGUAUUAAAUAAUUGUAUUAUCUUGGUGGGUUCCAUUGAAACAUUAAUAAAGUACAGUAUUUUUCACAUGUUGUUAUUUUGAGUUUAUCUCUAUAAUUAUAUUGUUUAUAUUAUUUUAAGUAUUGUUUGUGCAUUGCCAGUCAGGGUUGCCAGUCAUUUUGGAGCCCACUGUAGAUAGAAAACAUGGCCUUUGCUAUUAGGAGGCUAUAUUUGAAGAGUUGAUUUCCAAAAUGUUAUAUCCACCAAUUUUUCACAUUUGUGUUUUUUCAUCAGAAAUUAUUGCUUAUACAUGUGUGUGGAAAAUAUUACUGUUCUCAGAUGUUUUAUUCAUUGAUUAUAGAUGUGUAUAAAAAAUGUUUAAAUAAAUGCUAAACGCUACAUAUCAACUGUUUAGCUGGAAUGGAA